AUGACUCAGUACUACGCUUUGGUAUGUUGAUCUGUUGCUCUUUCUAUAAUUUUUUGUACUUUUGGUGUUUUUGUCUUUUUUAUCUUCUACUGGUGCUUGGCUGAUCUUUGUACUAUUUUAUAACUUGUGUCUUUUUACGUAGGCUAAGUAUAUUUUCUGGGGUUCUACAAUUUUUAGUUAUUAAAGUGCUAUUUAUUACUAAGAAUUGGUACUAUAUAUUUUUUUUAUAAAUAAUGAUAAUUUUAAGUUUUACGAUAUUUUGACGAAGGAUAGUUUUAACAUAAUAUCAAUUAUAUAAUUGUUAAUUUUUAGAUGGAGAGCAUAGCUACAGCGCUUGGAGCUAACUUUCAACUGCCCGGUUUUUCAGCCUUAGGUGAUACGCAAAUUAAAGAAGAAAAUGGAAGUGAUUCUGGAAACGAUUCGAAAGCAGCCGCUGGCAAAGGCGGCCGGCUACGCGCACCACGAUGGAAGGACCUCAAGGAGUAAGUUGUUGUUUAGACUAGACUAAAAUAUUUUAUUAUUAAAUUUUAGUACUGUACAUUAAAAUUUACUUUGUGUACUAUCAUUUUUGUCAGUUUAUACUAUUUUCAUUUUUUCAAGUCUAAAACCUUAUUACUUUACAGAGAAAUCGACAAAGGAGCCCUACGCCGAGAGCCGGUAACAGGCGAAGUCGCCCAGUACAUUGACCGCAUCUUCGAUGCCAACACACAAGUCCCAUUGUACUUCUUCUGCAAGCUGUGUCAUCGUGUGUUUGUACACAAUAACAGUAGCUCGUCGAAUCGACGCCAUUUGCGCGAAACUCACGGAUUGAAGAUCUCACGCUGUUUUGGCGAUGGGCCCGGAAAUGAAGUGUCAUUCGAUCUGAACAACACCGUCAACGAGGAUUGUAACGCGGAGGAUGAAAACAGUAAGGGUUUUUGGUUUAAUUAAAGAGUUUUUGAUGGUGAUUGUAAGGUAAAUCUAAAAUUAUGGCAAGAAUAGGAAAAACUGCUGAGAAAGAGCAUAACGAGGCUAUCUUAAUUAAAAAAUUACCUAAAAAGAAGAGAUUUUAACGAAAAACAAUCAAAAAAUAUAAAAAUUUGACCCAAAAAGAUCAAAAAAGCCAAAAAAAACGUCUGGGAAUCCAAAGAUGGGAGCGCCAAGUUUGGUCAUCAUAAUUUUUAAGCUCUCCAAAUUGAGUUUGAGCCGCCUUUUUCGAGUUUUCAAAAUCGAAAAGCAUAGAGAAAGAGAAUGAGGACCGAACGAAGCGAUAUAUCGUGGCUUUGCAGGAGAUGGCAGAGGCUCAGACGUAUGUUUAUAAGGUUUUUUGGUUUUGGCGGGCUUUUCAUCUGGGGUUACAAGCUUCAUUGGCGCGUCACGUGAUUAGCGACAAUUUUUUUUCGAAUUUGGAUGAGUUUCGAACAAGUUUUUUUGGGGAAAAUUUGUGUUUUUGAUUGUUUUUGGAAGAGAAAAUGUCAGUUUGUCUAAAUAUUCUGUUUUUUUUGUGAUAGCGGUUGGACAAAUUUUAGUGUUAAUGAGAAGAUUUAAAAGUAUGGAAAGUAAAACUUUGAAAAAAACGAAAAAUUUUAUUUUUUAAAAAUAAUUUUGAAUUUUGUUACCUAAAAUUAUGUUUGGAUCUAUAAAUGCUAUUGAUAGAUAAAAGACUUUAGUUUUUUAUUAUAGAAGGUUGUAGAAUAGUCUGCUUUGAUUGUUUUUUAAAGAGAAUGGUUACCAUUUUUGAUAAAUUUUUGUUUGGAAGUUAUAUUGUAGUAGGUACUGAUUGAUGAAAAUACUUAUGAAGUUUGAUGCAUUUAAAAGUUGUUGGUUGAUAAUCAACGAGCAACGCUUUAGGAUAACGAUGAAUGAUAUUAUGGUUUAUAUUUGGCCAAUACAUUUGUGGUUAUACCUAAAAUUGAAAAUUUUCCAGAAUUUUUUUGAUUUUUAAAAAAAUUUUUUUCUUAAAUUAUGAUAUUCUACAUUUUUUUGUAACUUUUUUCUAAUUUCUGCCUUUCCAGUGUUCACCGCGGACUCUGCCGUUCUCGCCGACUGGACGACCCAAACCACCUCAGGCGAAAUCCUGAAUCGAUUCUUGGAGGAAGCCGAGAUACAUCACAAUCUACAAGAGAAAGAGAAGGAAAAGCAAAAGGAGUUUGAGAUCACUUUCAACGAAGUGGUCUCGAGGAUAUCACAGCCGGCUACACCUCCUCCUCCAGUCGUCCCGGUGGUGGAGAAGAAAGAGCCCAAGGUGAAGGAGAUGAAGCCAGUGACGGCCAUGAAGAAUCGACUGGUCUUGAAGCCGGCCAGUGCUAUCAAGCCUCAGCCCACGAUUAGGGUGAGUUUGUUGCGGGGUGUUUUGGGUAGUGGGUUUUAGGGUAUGUGUUUUAGGUAUGGGUGGAGUUUUAGCGAUUUACUAAAUAGUUUUUGGGUUUGCAUACCUAUUUUUAAUAGUUUUAUGUCAAUAAGUUGAAUGUUAUUCUAAUUUUUCGUCUUUAGCGCCGAAAACCUCGUCUCCAACUCCUCCGUGAACGAUUGCUGGCAGCACGCGCUCGAAAAGAGAAUGCCAUUGCUUUAAGGACGCUGGCCGAAGCCAAUCGAAUCAAAAUGGAAACGAUGUUGGCAGUACACAGAGCCGGUUUCACACGAAUUAUCGAAAAUGGUCAGAUGGUACUGAAGAAGCUGGAAUCGGCACCAGAUUUCAUCAACGAGACAGACUACGAUGUUACAGUAGACGAGGGAAACUUUGGCGAAGUGAAUGAUGUACCAGAAGAGGAGUAG